AUGCUCACUUCCUCGCUACUGUUCUCCGUCCUUGCUUCCUUAACGUUUGUGGCAGCAUCACCACUUUUCGUGCGUCAAACAAGAUCCUAUCCGAAUCCAGAACCUUGUACAGGGAACUGCACCGGCGGGAUACACGAUCCAAGUGUGAUCAAAAGCCCCGAUGGAAAAUGGUAUCGACUUUCGACCGGCGGAGACAUCGCUAUUGCUUCCGCUCCGAGUCUGACCGGUCCCUGGGAGUAUCUGGGAGCUAUGCUGCCUGGUGGACCCAAGAUACAUGUAUCUGACAAGCAGGACACUUGGGCCCCCGACGUCAGCCUUAUUGAUGGCAUAUAUUAUGCUUUCUAUGCGGUCAGCUAUAUCGGCUUUCAAGAUUCGCAAAUCGGAGUCGCCACCUCCACCACACUGGAGCCAGGUUCAUGGACCGAUCACGGGAGUCUCGGGAUACCACUAUCAAAGUCUUAUAAUCUCAUUGAUCCGAAUCUUUUCCGGGAGUCUUCUUCUUCACCAAUCUACUUCAGCUUCGGGUCCGCAUGGGAUGGGGUCUUUCAAACAACACUGGAUAGCUCGACACUUGCACUCGCUUCGACCUCUUCCGUCAACCUUGCUUCAAACUCCACUGUGCCACCAGGGCAGACCUGGCCCAGCGUUACUGAAGGCUCGUAUCAGUUCUGGUGGCAGGUCGGAAGCAAGAAGUGGUACUACCUCUUCUUCUCAUCCGGCGCCUGCUGCAAUGUCCCGCCCAAUCUUGCUGAACCAGGCGACGAGUAUAAGGUUAUGGUUUGCCGGUCCGCAAGCCAAAGCGGUCCCUUUUUGGACCAGGCUGGUCGUAACUGCCUGACUCAAAAUGGCGGCACACUGGUUCUAGCGAGCCAUGGCGAUGUCUAUGCCCCGGGUGGACAAGGAGUGCUGUAUGACUCUACUCUCAAACAACCAGUGAUCUAUUACCAUUAUGGUGAGUUGCUGUUUUCCAAACCUCGGUCUUUAGUGAAUCGUAAACACUCAUUACAAAGCAGUGAAACCGAGUAUUGGAUACGACUCGAGCCAGUUUCAAUUUGGGUUUAA